CGCGCCCCCUGCUGGAGCCGGAGGAGCCGGGAGCGUCCGCCGGUCGCGGCUCGCAGGUGUCUUUCCCCGCCGUGGCGGCCCGGCCGCUGUCAGUACCGGCGGAGCCGAGUCGGGACGGAGGGAGGCGACCGUGCGCCGGGUCAGCGCGCCGGCCGCCGCGGCUCUGACGCCGAGGCUCGGCUGGCCACGAUGGCGGUGCUCCGGCAGCUGCGCCUGCUCCUCUGGAAGAACUUCACCUUGCAGAGGCGGAAGGUCCUGGUGACGGUCCUGGAGCUGGUCCUGCCCUUGCUGUUCUCCGGGAUCCUGAUUUGGCUUCGCCUGAAGAUCCAGUCCGAGAACGUGCCGAGCGCCACGGUGUACCCGCGCCAGGACAUCCAGAGCCUGCCCCUGUUCUUCAGCUUCCCGCCUCCGGGGGGCGCCUGGGAGCUGGUGUACAUCCCGGACCGCAGCGCGGCCGUCCAGGGUGUGGCCGAGUCCGUCCGCCAGACCCUGGGGCUCAACCUCCGACUCCAUGGCUUCCCCUCGGAGAAGGAGUUUGAGGACUACAUCCGCUACGACAACCGCUCCUCGGACGUGCUGGCCGCCCUGGUGUUCGAGCACACCUUCCAGCGCAGCCAGGAGCCGCUGCCGCUGGCGGUCAGGUACCACCUGCGCUUCAGCUCCACGCGGCGGAACUACAUGUGGACGCAGGCGGGCUCCCACUUCCUGCGGGACGCAGAGGGCUGGCAUACCACCUCCCUCUUCCCGCUCUUCCCCAGCCUGGGCCCCAGGGAGCCCGCGGCCCCCGACGGAGGAGAGCCGGGGUACAUCCUGGAGGGCUUCCUGGCCGUGCAGCACGCCGUGGACCGGGCCAUCAUGGAGCAGCACGCCAACGCCUCGGCCCGCCGGCUGCUGAGCUCGCUCACCGUGAAGGUCCAGCGCUUCCCCUACCCGCCCUUCCUCUCCGACCCCUUUCUCGUGGCCGUCCAGUACCAGCUGCCCCUGCUGCUCAUGCUCAGCUUCACCUACACGGCGCUCACUGUCAUCCGGGCCGUCGUGCAGGAAAAGGAGCAGAGGCUCAAGGAGUACAUGCGCGUGAUGGGGCUGGGCAGCUGGCUGCACUGGAGCGCCUGGUUCCUCCUGUUCUUCCUCUUCCUCCUCCUCAUCGUCUCCUUCAUGACCCUGCUCUUCUGCGUCAAGGUGAAGAAGGACGUGGCGGUGCUGGCGCACAGUGACCCGUCGCUGGUGCUGGUCUUCCUGGCCUGCUUCGCCGUGUCCACCAUUGCCUUCAGCCUCAUGGUCAGCAGCUUCUUCAGCAGAGCCAACAUGGCGGCCGCUGUGGGGGGCUUCCUCUACUUCCUCACCUACAUCCCGUACUUCUUCGUCGCUCCCCGCUACAACUGGAUGACUCAGAGCCAGAAGCUCGUCUCCUGCCUCCUGUCCAACGUGGCCAUGGCCAUGGGGGCGCAGCUCCUCGGGAAGUUUGAGGCAAAGGGCGUGGGCAUCCAGUGGCGAGACCUGCUCAGCCCCGUCAACGUGGACGAUGACUUCUCCUUCGGGCACGCGCUGGCCAUGCUGCUGCUGGACUCGCUGCUGUACUGCCUGGUGGCCUGGUACGCGGACGCCGUGCUGCCCGGCCAACUCGGGGUGCCUCAGCCCUGGUACUUCUUCCUGCUGCCCUCAUACUGGUGCGGAGGCCCGAGAACAGCUUUCGGGAAAGGGGACGGGGACAAGGACCCCGAGAAAGCAGCCAGCACCGAGUACUUUGAAGCCGAGCCCGAGGACCUGGUGGCCGGGAUCAAGAUCAAGCGUGUGUCUAAGCUGUUCCGGGAGGGGAGCAAGGACAAAGCAGCCGUCAGAGACCUGAGCCUCAACAUGUAUGAGGGACAGAUCACCGUCCUGCUGGGCCACAACGGCGCGGGCAAGACCACCACGCUGUCCAUGCUGACCGGUCUCUUUCCCCCCACCAGCGGGCGGGCCUACAUCGGUGGGUACGAGAUCUCUCGAGACAUGGCUCAGAUCCGGAAGAGCCUGGGCCUGUGCCCGCAGCACGAUGUCCUGUUUGACAACCUGACGGUGGCCGAGCACCUGAGUUUCUACGCGCAGCUGAAAGGUCUGUCCCAGCACAAGUGCCCGGAGGAGGUCAAGCGCCUGCUGCACACCCUGGGCCUGGAGGAGAAGCGGGACACGCGCAGCCGGUAUCUGAGCGGUGGCAUGAAGCGCCGGCUGUCCAUCGGCAUCGCGCUCAUCGCAGGCUCUAAGGUGCUGAUGCUGGAUGAGCCCACGGCGGGCAUGGACGCCGUCUCCAGGAGGGCCAUCUGGGACCUUCUCCAGCAGCAGAAGCGCGCCCGCACCAUCCUGCUGACCACCCACUUCAUGGACGAGGCCGACCUGCUGGGGGACCGCAUCGCCAUCAUGGCCAAGGGCGAGCUGCAGUGCUGCGGGUCCUCGCUCUUCCUCAAGCAGAAGUAUGGAGCCGGCUACCACAUGACGCUGGUGAAGGAGGCACGGUGCGACCCCGAGGCUGUUGCCAGGCUGGUGAGACACCAUGUCCCCAGCGCCACACUGGAGAGCAAUGUGGGCGCCGAACUGUCCUUCAUCCUCCCCAAGGAGAGCACCCACAGGUUCGAAGGCCUUUUCGCCACACUGGAGCAACAGCAGACGGAGUUGGGCAUCGCCAGCUUUGGGGCGUCCGUCACCACCAUGGAGGAGGUCUUCCUGCGGGUCGGCAAGCUGGUGGACAGCAGCUUGGACAUCCAGGCCAUCCAGCUGCCCGCCCUGCAGUACCAGCAUGAGAGGCGGGCCAGCGACUGGGCCGUGGACGGCCAGCUGUGCGGCGUCAUGGACCCGAGUGAUGGCAUCGGGGCGCUCAUUCAGGAGGAAGGCGGCACCUUCCAGCUCAACAGCGGGCUCACCCUGCACGGCCAGCAGUUCUGGGCCAUGCUCCUGAAGAAGGCCACGUACAGCUGGCGAGAGUGGAAGCUGGCGGCGGCCCAGGCGCUGGUGCCGCUCACCUGCAUCACGCUGGCCCUGCUGGCCAUCGACUACUCCGCUGAGAUCCUCGACGACCCCCUCCUGAGGCUGACGCUGAGCGCGUACGGCCGCACGGUGGUGCCCUUCUCCGUUCCCUCCCGGCUGGGUCAGCGGCUGGCCGAGCACUGGAAGGACAUGCUGCAGGCCGAGGGCCAGGAGCCCCGCGAGGUGCUGGGGGACCUGGAGGAGUUCCUGAUUUUCAGGGCCUCAGUGGAAGGGGGCGGCUUCAACGAGCGCUGCCUGGCCGCGGCGACCUUCCAGACCGAGGGCGCCCGCACGGUCAUCACGGCCCUGUUCAACAACCAGGCGUACCACUCGCCGGCCACGGCGCUGGCCCUCGUGGACAACCUGCUGUUCAAGCUGCUCUGCGGCCCGCAGGCCUCCCUCACCAUCGCCAACUACCCGCAGCCCCGCAGCGCCCUGCAGGCCGCCAAGGACCAGUUCAACCAGGGCCGGAAGGGGUUCGACCUCGCCCUCAACCUGCUCUUCGCCAUGGCCUUCCUGGCCAGCACCUUCGCCGUGCUGGCGGUGGGCGAGAGGGCCGUGCAGGCCAAGCACGUCCAGCUGGUCAGCGGGGUCCGAGUGGCCACCUUCUGGCUGUCGGCGCUGCUGUGGGACCUGCUCUCCUUCCUCGUGCCCAGCCUGGGGCUGCUGGUAGUGUUCAAGGCCUUCGACGUGCAAGCCUUCACGCGGGACGGCCACCUGGCGGACGCUCUGCUGCUGCUGCUGGUCUACGGCUGGGCCAUCAUCCCCCACAUGUACCUGCUCAGCUUCCUCUUCUCGGGGGCCGCCAUGGCCUACACGCGCCUCACCAUCUUCAACAUCCUCUCGGGCAUCGCCACCUUCCUCGUGGUCACCAUCAUGCGCAUCCCGGAGGUGAAGCUGGAAGAGCUUUCCAGAACCCUGGACCACGUGUUCCUGGUGCUGCCCAACCACUGCCUGGGGAUGGCCAUGAGCAGCUUCUACGAGAACUACGAGACCAAGAGGUACUGCACCUCCUCAGAGGUGGCGGCCCAGUACUGCAAGAAAUACAAGAUCCGGUACCAGGAGAAUUUCUACGCUUGGAGCGCCCCCGGCGUCGGCCGCUUCGUGGCCUCCAUGGCGACCUCGGGGCUCGUCUCCCUCGUCCUGCUCUUCCUCCUGGAGACCGACCUGCUGUGGCGGCUGCGUGCCCGCCUCUGCGCCCUCCGGGGGGGGCGUGCGCUGACGGAUGUGUAUGCCCGGGCGUCCGCACUUCCCGAGGACCAGGAUGUGGCUGACGAAAAGAACCGGGUCAUGGCCUGCGGACUGGGCCCCCUGCCGGACACGCCGCUGGUGGUCAAGGAGCUCUCCAAGGUGUACCCGCAGCGGACACCCCUCCUGGCCGUGCACGGGCUCUGCCUGGCCGUGCGCAAGGGCGAGUGCUUCGGGCUGUUGGGCUUCAACGGAGCGGGGAAGAGCACGACUUUCAAGAUGCUCACCGGGGAGGAGCCCAUCACGUCGGGUGACGCCUUUGUCGGGGGCUACAGCGUCUGCUCUGACAUCGGGAAGGUGCGCCAGCGGAUCGGCUACUGCCCCCAGUUCGACGCGCUGCUGGACCACAUGACGGGCCGGGAGACGCUGGUCAUGUACGCGCGGCUGCGGGGCCUCCCCGAGCGCCACAUCGCGGCCUGCGUGGAGCACACCCUGCGGGCGCUGCUCCUGGAGCCACAUGCCGACGCGCUGGUGCGGACCUACAGCGGGGGCAACAAGCGGAAGCUGAGCACCGGCAUCGCCCUCCUAGGAGAGCCCGCCGUCAUCUUCCUGGACGAGCCGUCCACGGGCAUGGACCCUGUGGCCCGGCGCCUGCUCUGGGACACCGUGGCGCGCGCCCGCGAGGCCGGCAAAGCCAUCGUCAUCACCUCCCACAGCAUGGAGGAGUGCGAGGCCCUGUGCACGCGGCUGGCCAUCAUGGCGCAGGGCCAGCUGCGGUGCCUGGGCAGCCCGCAGCACCUCAAGAGCAGGUUCGGCAGCGGCUACGGCCUGCGGGCCAAGGUGCGGAGCCACGGGCGGCACGAGGCGCUGCAGGAGUUCAAGGCCUUCGUGCGCCUGACUUUCCCAGGCAGCGUCCUGGAAGAUGAGCACCAAGGCAUGCUCCACUACCACCUGCCCAGCGAGGACCUCAGCUGGGCCACGGUGUUCGGCACCCUGGAGAAGGCCAAGGAGCAGUACGGCCUGGACGACUACUCCGUGAGCCAGAUCUCGCUGGAGCAGGUCUUCCUCAGCUUCGCCCACCUGCAGCCGCCCCUGGAGGCCGAGGGCCCCUGACGAGCACGGAGGGCGCGGGCCCCCCGCUUCUCUUCCCCACUCCUCCACCCGAAUUGCCCUUUUCUGUGGCAUGUGACGACCCAGUGCGCCCGGGGCCCAGCGCCCAGCGCCAGCGCGCCCCGAGCCCGCUCCGGAGCACAUGGUCACACCGGGGCUUGGGUCACACCGGACUGCCCGGGACUGUCGCGAGGACACACAGCUCCGCUCCCUGGGCACGUGGUGCGGGGAGCCGGCUGGACCGGGGGCAGCAGGAGUGCGGCUGCCCAGGAGGCCCCGUCCCACAGCCCUGCCCGUGCUGCCCACCAGCAUCUCCCAGGGGGGCCUCCAGAGGGAGGGCCGUGUCCUCUCUGCCCGCCUGGUUUCUCCAGCACGCACUGCCCGGGGGGGAGAGGGGCCGGGAGUGGACGGGGGCCUCGCGCCUGGCGUUCUGUGGGAAAUAAAAGCUGGGCGGGGACCGGA